GGAGAAAUUGAAGUGACUGAGAUCCACGAGACACACCAUUAUAAAGAUGGCAUUUGUUAAAGAGGAGAGUGAAGAAAUCAAGAUUGAAGAAGCGAGGAGUGUGAACCCAGAAGAAACUGAGGAACAAACCAAGAUGACAUUUAUUAAAGUGGAGAGUGAAGAAAUGAAGAUAGAAGCAUUCAUUGUGAAACAAGAAGAUACUGAGGAUCAAACAAAGAUGGCGUUUAUUAAAGAGGAGAGUGAAGAAACGAAGAUAGAAGCAUUCAUUGUGAAACAAGAAGAAACUGAAGAACAAACAUUUAUGAAAGAGGAAAGUGAAGACAUGAUGAUUGAAGAAGCAUUCACUGAGGAACAAACAGUUUUUAAACCAUAUCAGUUCGAGCCUGAGUCGGAUCCUGAAAAUGCAGAUGACCAAGACGAUGAAUCGGAAUCAACUUUGCAUGCGCGACUUCAGCAGAACGUUUCACAGUGGUGCAGAUGUGAAAACUGCAAUCGAAUGCCCACCGACGUUGAACAUGUCUGCUGCAUGGAAAUACCAAAGGUUUUAAGACGAAUGAAUCAGGUUCCAGGGCCUCUAAAAUGCAUGACACACCACCCAGGCUUUGAACCGAACUGUUUGAAUCCUUACACCCUGCAGAACAUUUUAAACAUUUACAAAGCUGAUUAUGGAACUUUGAGGCGUAGAACAGAAGAAGGGCGGUACCGUUCUCUCGCCCAACGAAGCUUCGUCAGCUGGUGCUGGGGCUUUUUAGGACGGAAAAUCAGGGUGGUUCUUCCAUCCUGUGUUGUGCUCCGGAUUCAGCAGGAGUUCCCUGAUCCGGAUGGACAGUUUGUUGGAUUUCGACCGCCCCUUGACUAAAGCUUGAGACGUGGUGGACAAUAUCUUCCUCCUUUGAAGGUUUUUCAAACUGAGUUGACAGAAAUGUGGGA